GACCCCACCAUCGAGGACUUCUACCGGAAGGAGAUCGAGGUGGACUCGUCGCCCUCGGUGCUGGAGAUCCUGGACACGGCGGGGACGGAGCAGUUCGCCUCCAUGAGGGACCUGUACAUCAAGAACGGACAGGGCUUUAUCCUGGUCUACAGCCUGGUCAACCAGCAGUCCUUCCAGGAUAUCAGGCCGAUGCGAGACCAAAUAGUGCGAGUGAAGCGUUUCGAGAAGGUGCCAUUGAUCCUGGUCGGCAACAAGGUGGACCUGGAGUCGGAGCGCGAGGUGGCCGGGUCGGACGGGCGAGCUCUGGCUCAGGAGUGGGGCUGCCCAUUCAUCGAGACCUCUGCCAAGAGCAAGACCAUGGUGGACGAGCUGUUUGCCGAGAUUGUGCGACAGAUGAACUACUCCACGCUGCCGGAGAAGCAGGAGCAGUGCUGCACGGCCUGCGUGGUGCAGUGAGGAUGAGGGAUAUUUUUCCUGGAUCGCGAGCGAAGUUUUGAAGAACCCAAGGACAACCUGACUCAACUAGUCCGAUUAAAAACUUUUUACAUCAGGUAACGUUUCUGACUCUCAGAGUGACAGAAAACAGACACUGCUCUUAUUUUUGAUAUUGUAACAAUUGGAAGAUGCUUCUGCUGCAACCUUCGACGGCCUUUUACGAUGAGCCUGGAAGCAGUCGGACAGACUGACUCUGUGUUUUAGUCUUUUUUUUCUUUUGUCAUUUAUAGAUGGGAGUUCUCCUGACAGCAGGAGUGUUUUGUGAGGCUGCAGCAUCUUUUUAAAGCUGCUUCACUCAGUAUUAUAUUCUUUAAUAUUACUUGUAUCAUGUCUGAAAUUUGGAAUUUGAUAAAGCAUUUCAUAGUAUUGGAACAUUUUGACUUUUAGGCAUGCAUACUUAAACUAGUGUGCUGCUCAGGUAUUCAGUUCACCUUAUUUUGGUAAGUAUCUGACUCAAUUCACUGCAGUAUAUGUUGGAUAUUAUUAUUUUUUUGUUUGUUUCUAAUAUUGUGUAACUAUGGAUUAAACCAGAAAUAUUUACUGCAAAUGAUAAUAAAACUUUUUAAUAACUGAGUGACCUGAAGCAGCUGAGGGUGUCUGAAAACGUGCUGCAUUGAAAAUGUUUAAACCCAGUUAAAGAGAUGAAGAUGAGCCAUUUUGUUUUCUAGUUUUUAGCCAGAAUUCUGACCUAGUCUCUAAAAGGCAAGACUCACGUGGACGCCGGUCUUCCAUUUUAGGUUUUAUGGAGGAGUAUGUAGGUUUGGAACGACCAAAGUAAGCUAACACUCUGUAUUUGUGUUUCACAGCAUAAUGUGUUGCUUUGAAUUCAGGUGAUGCUGAUUUUCUUGCUAUAUGGUUUGAUUAAAGGUUCUGGCACAAUUAAUCAGAUUUUUUUUCAAUAAUAAUGUAACCUAUUUAUUAAAAGUGACAUGAUUAGCUUGUUUUCAACUUAAUUUUAUAUUAGCUUCUACUUUUUUGUGGUUUUUGGGGAUCUCCAUUUGUUUUGGUUUUUUUUCUAUUUUCAAGCUGAGAAUUUGACAGAGCCUUAAAUAUUUCCCUUGCAACCUAGUGUCAUUUGUCUUUUAUUUCAUUUUAGUUUUCCUUUUGGAAGAUAAAUGACUGUCAUCAUUAAAGUAAACAUGCUGGAACUUCUGUUCUUUUGUGAUGAGACGCAUAAAGUAUCUUUGAGUCAUA